ACGGGGGGCGCGCGGCCCGCCCGGGAGCGCGCGCGGCGGCGGCGGCCAUGAGCAAGAGGAGCCAGGUGUCGUACGUGCGGCCCGCCGAGCCCGCCUUCCUCAGCCGCUUCAAGCGGCGGGUCGGGUACCGGGAGGGCCCCACGGUGGACACCAAGAGAGAGCAGCUUCCACUUGCUGAUGAUGACAGUGACAAUGGCAGUGACAAGGAAGAUGAGCAGCCUCAAGUGGUGACACUGAAAAAAGGGGACUUGACUGCAGAAGAAGCAAUGAAAAUUAAACAGCAAAUCAAAGAGGCCUUAAAGUCAAAAGAAUCAGAUGAUGAACCAGAACCCACUGAUGGAAAAAUUAUGUUCAGGAAACCAGCCAAACGUUCAUCAGAGAAGUGUUUGGACUUCAAUGUAAGUUCAAGUAAGAAGAUGAAAGAAGCAAAUAAAACUAAGAGGGAAGCAACUACUUCUCAGAGUACAGCUAAGCAAGUGAAAAACAGCAGUCUUCUCUCAUUUGAUGAUGAGGAAAAUGAUGAUUAGGGGUUGUAUUUUUUUAUGCUUUACUUGCCCAUCUAGAGACUAACAUUGAGGGCCUUCACAGGAAUUGAAUUAUGGUGUGAGUCUUCUCUUACUUUGUUGUAGUCCAACUAGAGAAAUAUUGUUUAAUAUUAGCAUGAGCUAAGUCUGUGCAGUUGGUUGCAGCUGUAUGUCAUGUCUUAAUUUUAAGAUAAUUUAACCAUGUAUGUAAAAGCUAUUUGAGGUCACAAAUGAGUAGCAAAUUAUACCUGUAUAUAUUCAGCUUACAAAUUUUCAACCAAUUUUAAAAUGCCCUCCAUUACUAAAAUGUAUUUUGUCUAUAUUGAAUAGCCUUAGUUGACAAUUGUGUGGUUUUUACCUGUUAUAAUUGACAUUCAAAAGAGACACUUCAUUGCUGUGAAACAGACUGAAGUUUUCUGUCUCACAGCUUAACAAAAGUUAGCACAACCUUCGCAUUUGUGAUUUGCAAGAUUAGCUGUUGCAGAGCCUUGCGAUAAAUUUGCUAAAGGCUAGAGGCUGCAUUUGCAAAAUUCAUGUAGUCUUGAUCCCGUCUUUGGUGAAUGUAGUCUAAGAAACAUCAAAUUCAUUUGAAUUGGUUGUAAUAGCAAGAUAUAGAGAUUUUGAUAAUGGUAUCAACUAAUGCAAAAUAAGCCUAAAUCAUUGGAGAUUGUGCGUUUUGUUUUUGACACUGAUGGACUCAGUGGUUUGAUGGUGUUUUGGGUUUUUUUUAAAAGUAUGUUUGUUCCAGUUAACAACUUACAUGUUCGUAAUUAUUUGGGAUCUCAGCUUUAAAAACUGUAUUUAAUCUUUAAGCUGUGGAAAAGCAUUCAUUUAGUAUUCUUCAAGUAGGGGGGAAGUUGUAAACAGGAAAUUUAAGCCAAGAAACACUAUAGCUAUGUCUUGGUUUAAGACAGUUUCCAGGGCAGAUGCUCCAAAAUUAAUUACUGCCCCUUUUAGUUUUAAUUGCUUCGCUUUCACCGAUGAGCAGAGAUGAAAGAACAUGUAAGUGAAAAAAGAAAAGUUUACUAAAAAAUGAAGCAGCAACAGGCAGGAUAACAGUAAUCGUCACUAGAUACAAAGUGAAUCCCAUGGACUGCUUGGGAACAAAGAAAACACGAUGGCAGAGAAACUCCUCCCCAGAAAUGUUAGCCUCCAUAGAAGACCACGUGGUUCAGGGGACAAAGAUAAGCUGGUGGAGAAGCCCCUUCUCCUAACCAGGUGUUGAUUAGGGAGAAAAAAAACACCACAGCAUCUGAAACUCUGUGAUUAUGAAAGUCCCUCUUCUUCAAACACAACCAGCAAGGAACAAGGACAAAACAAAAAGAAACCUGGACUCCAAAACCAGUCAAAUGCUGCUGAUCCGUUUACUCCACAUCACCAGAUGGGGUCUCUCUCCCAGCAGCAGCAGCUCCGUCAACAGUGGUGGCUGGAACUCAUGGAGGAACUUGGCCUCCUCCUCAGCAGAAGAUGACAGGCAGAUGCCUGGGGCAGCCCAGGCUUCUCACCUUCCCACUGCAUCUGAGCGUUGCUGGGGAGCUGGAGUGACUGUAUGGAGCAGGAGCUGUUCCGUUUUUCCCACUGUGGUGCCAUGGCUGGCCAUCCCGGGUGACAGCAAUGAAAAAGGAAGGAAAAAAGGUCAGAAAAGAAGGUCUGCCCUGGUUCAGACCAAAACCAAAGGGGAGCUUCUGCCUUCCACUGCCUCAGCUUCUCAGUAGCUAGUGGGAACAACAAAAGAGAGGUCUGUGUGAGUGUUGUCCUAAUUUUAAAGGGAUCCUGGCAUUUUCUGCCUCCAUGAACCUGGGGCAAGACCCUCUGGUUCUGCUUCUGACCCCCAGGUCUUAAAGGGAAAGUAAAAAUCUUGUCCAGAUGGGGGUAGAAAGAAAGUGUCCAUUUCAACAUCUUUUCUGUAACAGGACAGAAAUGACACUGAGAGCUGAUGGGAUUUUAGAGAACAAAGUGGUAGGAAUGUGACUUGUGACUUUGAAAUUCUUUGGGUGUAUGGUGUAUUCUGUAACCAUGUGAAACCAGUUCUGCUGUGUGACAGGACAUUUGAAAUUAUUUGGCCUGUAAAGCUUCAUCAAGGAGCAAAUUUCAAGUUGCUGUGUGAAACAGCUUGUUUUAGUUUAUUCAUCUGGUAGUAAACAAUAAAUUUAAGUUUUAAAUUUUAAGUUUUCUUUUAAGUGGUUCAAAGAUAUUUUAAUGAAAAUUUCAGUACAAGAAUGGGAUUUUUUUUCCUUCUGGUAUUGGAGCCUUCUGUACUUCCCUGUCUCCCUACACACCAGCUUCCUGCAGCAUAACAUCAGAUGCAAGUCUGCACACUGUUUUGCACUGUGUGUGGGAGUAUGUUACCCUGAUUUUGAAAAUUAAUAGAUCUGUUGUCCUUUCAGAAAAUUGAAACCAGACCUAGAAAUGGAUAUUAAAGUCUUGUUGCACUGGUCUUGUAUUAGAAUUGUGAGAGAGGUGCUAUGUGACAACCUCAUUAUUCCCAUGAGGACAUGCUACAUUUGUAAAUACAUAAUUGGUCUGUAUUCUCUACAUAUAAAAGAAGAAGAAAUUUAAAGAAAAAGUACAAAACCAAAGGUUCCCAGGAAUUAGUAUAUCCAUUUAUUUUGUAUUGUUGUUUGAAUCCAUUAAAAAAUAUAUACCAAUACAUACAUACACACCCAUGAGUAAUCUUGUAGCAUUCCAGCAUACAAAGGGAAUAUUUGGGCAUAUGUCAACAAUGGAGUAAAUACUCUGACUUACUGAGACUCAUCUGAAAGAAUGAAUUAACCAUUGGCUGUUUACUUCAACUUUUCUGAUUCUGUUUGUCAGUACAGUAAUAAAUUUGCAUACAUUUUUCUUGCACAACCUGGAAGCUCAUAACUUGAGCUGUGAGGCAAUUUAGGAGACAUGGCCAUUGAGAUAAAUGCUUGCCAAGGACCAGAGGGUAUUUGAUUUUACCAUAAAAUUAGAGAAUUCCUCACAACUAUAUGCAGUUGAUCUGGCCUGUUCAAAAUAAGAUUGAGAUCUUGUUUAGUUAUAGAUAGUAAUUGCAUUUAAACAAAAGUUACCAUUUUUAGUGAAAGACUUGGGAGAUUGAAGUCCAGUAAAGGGAGGGUUACCUUAAAGUUUUGAGUGUAGUACUUUUACUUAUUGAGUGUGGUACUUUUGGUUAAUCAUGCUUCUUACUCUACAACCUCAUGACAGAUGUCUGGAAUGCAAAUAAUUGGAUUGAAUUUACUUGGAAAUAAUAAAAGGUAUGUUGUUGUUUAGGCAACACAGCAGGGGAAAGAGAGGUGGAUAUGGAACCCAGUCUCUUUCCUUUAUUCUGUCUGACUUGUAGUGCUCUGACCAGGAGACCUUUGUAUUCAUUGUAUUUCACUACCAGUUCACCCAACAAUAACUAAUUGAAUCAAUUUAUUAAGAGGUGUGAGUGAUGCACAAAAGCAUUUUAAUCAGGUAGUCAUGUGAAAAUUCAGUGUUUUUACCAUGACACACCAGGAAAAUCUCACACACACAAUCAACUCCCAUGAAACCUGUGGUUAAAGAGAGCAAUUACUUGUUCACUUAGGAAAGAAAUGUGAAACUCUUAAGCAAUCACCUGUCCUAAUGGGCCAUGGGAAAAUAAUAUUCACAACUUUCUUAUAAAGGGGAAGCAAAAAAACUAAGUACAUAGAACAUGAGGCUAAGGAACAUGAGGAAAGGACAAUUUUCCUGGGUUUUCUUUUGCUCUUGCUCUUGCUUGCCCCCAUUCCCUGUCCUUUUCCUCUCCUGUAGGGGAGAAUGUAUAUGUCUUUAUUUUUCUCAUGGAGUUUGCCAAGUUAAAUGUGAGAGCAGUGCUGGAGGAAUAAGGUGAGAGUAGCUGAGGCUUAUUACCCAACAGAGAAAUCUUGGUCAGAUGAGGCCAGUUACCUCAUAUGGGAAUCUUGUACUGUUUCUGUUAAUAAAAUACUUGAAAUUUCCCAGUUCAUUAAGACUAAAACAUGUAUUGUUUGUAUUAGCUGAGCAGUGAGAUGCAACAAAUCUGGUGAACUGUAGUAGCAUUGCAGCAGCAGAUGCUUAUAAUGGAGGCUUUUUACACUGCAAAUGUGCUUGGAUGUCAGUAGGAGAGGUGAGAUGCUCUGUCACCUUAAUUUUUCUAAAUGGUAGGAAUCAAGGUGAAUAAUCAAGAAUGCAACAUUCUUGAUAGAUAGAAUAAACAAGAAAAUGCACGUGUGGGCAGGUGGCCCAGGAGUUCAUACCUUUGCUUGUAUUUCUGAAAUAAAAGCAAAUUUGUUGUACUGAAAAAGUUCAUCUCAUUGGCCUAAAGAGGAAGGGAUGAGUCAAUAUUAUAUUCUGAUAGCUUUUUUUUUGUCCAGAACUUUUCCUAGAAAUAUCAUUUGGAGGAGCAAAGGCUGUGUUUUGCAGACACUGAGCACAAGAAGCCUGUAUUUAGCAGUUUUAAUUACACAUUUUUAAGUUUCAUCACAGGAUUUAAUGUUCUUUUUUACAGUGCUUCAGUAUAUAAUCCUGUUAGGAAGCUGCAGAUUUAAAAUGAAGCAGGAAGCAGCAAUGUCAUCGUUUCAGCUGAUUGUUUCCCUUAUGCUGUAGUGUAUUAACUAAGUAAUGCUUCACUUGGCUGUGCAGAGCCAGCUGCCUUCUCAAGGACAUCAGGCUUGCUUGGAGAUGAGUCAUUACCUUUUGUGCAGCACACGAAGUAUGAUGUGCAGCCUCAGCAAGUGUUUGUCCAUUGAGGUUGGUUAUAACCUAUAGGCCUACACUGUGGCAAGAUGCCAUAAAUCAGUCCUUUGUGCAUUCAGCAAACAGAAAGGCUGGUGUAUCAGCUGCCUCUUCACUAUCAUCCCUUUAUUCCCAUUCCUAGAACAAGGUACUGAUUUGCAAAGACAUUUUUCAUGUUGUAGAUCUUCUGCCCCACUUCUUUGAGAGCAUUUCACAUGCAGCAGGCACAAAGAUAGCCACUAAAACCAGGGGAGACACACCAUAGGUUAUAUGUGACUGCAGGCUCCUAUAGACUUCCUCAAGAUACUGAGAACCUAUGAAAUCUCAGAGGCAGCCUCUGGGAAGUAACUUCCUCCUGGGGAAAAUGAAUGGAACCAGCUAGGAAAAUGACACAAGAUUGAAUUUUACUCUUAUUUACCUCACUGUUAGUGUAUUUUCUGUUGAAGGUAAAGGAACAGCUGGUAAAGCAGUUUUUUCCCUCUUAUCAGAAGUGGCUUUGGUGCCAUUCCAAUCCAUAUGGCAAAGGAUUCCUUUACCUUGACUCUAGUGGCAGUCCUCAGUGCCAUGCCUGAUUAGUUAAGGCCGUGGGCAAGUGGGAGCUACCUUGUAAGAGGCAGAAGUUAUUAGAGGAAGGUGUUGUCAAACCUCUGUAGGAUAACGGUGAUCACUGCACACUUUUAGUUUUGAUAACAUGAAAGAGUUGUUCCCUUAGGGACGGCACACUAACAACGAACUUUAAAAGGGCAGAUUAUAAAACUAUGAGGAAAAUGGUUAACAGCAGGCUGAAGGGCAAAGAGAAGUACUUAAAAACCAUAGAGAUCUGCCUGGAGGCUAUUUAAGAACAUUGUAUUAGAGGCACAGAUGGUUUGUAUACCUCUGAGCAAAAACAGCCUAUGAGGAAGGAUGAAACUCACAGGGUUAUGUGGGAGAAAAGUGUGAGUAUAGAAAGGUUGAAAUGCAUCCCUUAAAGAUGAUGUCUGUCUGAAUGACAGACGAGGGAAUGUUAGGAGGAGAGUGGAGGGAACUGGAAAGUUAGUGUGAAGGAAAAGACUAUAGCAGCUGCUGACUCUGGACCCCCAGGAUGAAACACUGAAAAGAGUGAGUCUAAUAAAGUCCAGACCACUCUGCCUCUGAAGACUGGGCUACUCCACAUGAGACUUAACCAGAAAAAGCAGCAUACUGAGUCAGCUAGCACGAGCCAAAAUCUUAUUAAGGCAGUCUACAUUUUUAAUAUGUUACCAGGCAAAUUUAAGAAUAAAGGAGUAGAUUCGAUCACAGUUACUCUAUGCUAGGACUUUAUUUUGACCUUGUGUUUUAUACAGUUCCAAAAAUGCUUUCAAUCUUUGCUGAAGAAGGUAAGAGAUUAAAAAAAAAAAAAGAAAUUAAACAGUCCUAAAAACUCUGAUUUUAGUAGGAGAAAAAACCCUAGUAAAAGAAAAAACCCAACCUGUUCUCACACAGCUUUGGGCUGAGAGAGUCUAUCUGAUAGGGAUGAAGUGAGGUUUGCACAGCAUUUUUACACUGGUGUGUAAUUGGGCAGAUGUGAAAUUUUAUUGCCAUAUAUCAGAACAAGAACACACUGAUUAUAAAUUAGGCAGGGAACAUCUCAAGUAUCACAAACCUGAUGAUGUGUGCAAAAAGAGUCCCUGUGAAAUCAAUGAAAGCUAUUUUCUGGUUUUAAACCAAGGAAAGGCAGGGGAAGGUUAGAACAACUUACUUUUGCAAUAAAACCUUCAUGCACACGGUCUCCCUGGAACUAGAGGCCUGGCAUCUAGGCUGUUUUAUUCUGCCUUGUUAAAUUGAAACAAACAAUUCAGCUGCCCGAGUCCCUUCUUUUCUCCUCUGACAUGCCAACUAUCUUGAGAGAAGAGAUUAAGCAUUGUUCUGAUGAGUGCUGCAGCAGCAGCAGCUUUAUAAUUUAAGGGCUACAUAAAAUUUAUGGAGCAUUGAGAAGAGCUUAAAUCAAUUUUGUGAUUUUCAUAAAUUAUUUCAGGUAGAUGAUCUUCGUGCAAAAAGCCAGUGAUGUUUGAGCUAUUUAUCCAAUGGACAACAACAUUGAAAAUGGGGAUUUUCAAAGGCACCUGUGGGAAUUAUGUAUCUGAGUUUGAUGGGAGUUAGAAGACUUGUUCCUUUGAGCUACUUAGUUUUCCAGUGUAAAUUUUUAAUCAUUCCAAAUUGCUUAAAAUACUUGGUAAAAAUCAAAAUUAGAGGAGGGUUAAAUUUAGAGCAGUUUUGAAAUUUCAUUUAAAUGCUGCAUGUGCUUAUAAAUAGGGGAUGGAUAGCCUGUAAUUCUACUUCAAGUGACAAACCAGUCUGGCACUUGUAGAGUUAAGCCUUUUCUUAAGACAGUGUAUUUUUGGGUUGUUGUUUAGGUCCCAUUCACUGAGGAUCCUGGUUCUGUCUUCUUCACACUGUAUUUGCAAAUUACUCCAUCUGUUAAAGAGUAGGAUCUGCCUGUACAGCAGAAAGAGAAACUAGCUGGUUUCUUAUAGCAUAUUUCAAGAUUAUAUAACAGGACAAAUAUAAUUCCGUACAUUACAGAAAGGAAUAGAGACUGAACUUCCCUUCUGGACAAGUAACUAAAGAGCUGAUAGGAUGCAAUUCCCAUUUUGUCUUAAUUUUGGGUGUUACUGGGUGUGAUUGAAAGAGCUUUCAUCUCCCUGGGCAUUAUGGUCAUCAGGAUACAGGUAGGUUGGAGACCUUUCAUCUAACUGGCACACCUUUGAGCUAUAAUUUUCAUGUAUUAUUUUCUGUAUUUUAAACUGCUCCAACUCCUCUAAACUGACAUCAUUGUGCUUCAGAUUAUUUCACACUGAAUAUACUAAACAUGGUAAUAAUAGGAGGAACCACUGCUGAAUUCCUCUAAACUGGAUAGGCAACUUGGAAUAAAUUAUUUACUGAUAUUACUGCAUUGCUUUAAGUGAAAUGACACUGAUAGGUACUGAGCUCCUUACUAAACCUGAACAAGGUAGUCUGAGGUGAGUGGGUUUAAAUUCAAAGUAAGUUAAGUGUGGGACACUUCAGGAUCUUGCCACUGAAUUUCUACAGCCAACAUUAUACAUAAAUAAUGGGAGCUUCUUACUCAAUGGUCAUUAUUCUGCAGGAGAGGAUUUGUGACUGCUGUGAAUUAAACACUGAACACAGUCCAUGGUGUGAGGAAAGCUAAUGCAGUUUCAGCUCUAAAAAUUAAUGUGUCAUGGAGAACUGAGAAAUAAUCUUACCCAAUUAUUCUCUGCUUCAGACCUUAGCUGGAGUGAUGUGUUUACUUUUGUGCACUAUAUUUCAAAAAAUAAAGAUACAGUCCAAUUGGAAAUUCCAACAGAAAGUAGUGGUACUGAUCAGGAGUCUAGAAAGCGUGAACUGUAAGACUGAAAGAAGUGGGUAGUGCAACUAGAGAAAGGAGAUGCAGGGAAAGGAAUAGGAAUGUGAUAUCAGUGUUCAGACAUAUAAAGCUUGCUGAAAAGAGGGAAGUUGCAAAUUGUUCUCUGUGUCCUCUGGGAAUACAAAAAGAAUGAAAGGAUUUAAAUUGUAGCCAAGGAGAUUUAAGGAAGACAUUAGGACAGGCUUUCCAUCUGUAAAAGUAGUGAAAUAUUGAAACAGAUUGCCUGGGGAGGUUGUGGGAUCUUCAUUGCCAGACAUUUUUAAGAACAGGUUAGACAAACUUCUGUCAGGAAUGAUUUGGGUAUAAUUGAUCCUGCCUUAGGGCAGAGGGCCGGACUAGAUGACCUUGCAAGGUCCCUUCCAGCUCUACUUUCGGUGGUUCUCUUAUUAGAAAGGCUGAUGUCAUAUUCUUAGGACCUCACCAUUCCUUUCAAAAGCAAAAACAUGCUAUAGUGAUGGCAAGAGUCAGAUUUAAACUGACAGUAUCUGGGAAAAGGUAUCAGCUAAAGGUUGAUAUCCCACCUUUAAUUACUAACACUUGAAUGUACGUAAUACAGAUGGACUUGUUCAACAGCUAAAUACUUGUGGGUUACAGUACUGUGAGAUUUUGUGACCAGACUAUGAUCUUUUUAAUGGCAUGAGAAUUUAAUCUUAUAUAUUGCAACUUCCUUUCAGCCACUUGAGUAAGUAGCAGGCAGUGCUACUCUGCAUCUCAUAAGUUUCAGGUGGGUCACUCUCAUUCCACAUGCCAUGACACAUUUGGCCAGUUGCUAUGUACUCACUCACUCACUCACUCACUCACUCACUCACUCACUCUGAAACUCAUUCCUCUGUUCCAAUUUAUCAUGAUGCUGAUGCUCAGCUUCAUUAUGUGGCUGUGUUUAAAUAAAUGCCACUGCUAAUGUGCUUGCUAUCCUUCUUUCCAUCCUCAGACACUGGAUAUCCCUCCUACUGCUUUCUGCUCACAUGUUCUUUAUUCCUGUUGAUAAAUUUCAUUUUCAUCUCUUUUGCUGCUUUCCCUUCAAGGUGUGCUUGCAUUACAAACUGCAGUUCAGCAGUUUAGCAGUUGGAUUGCAUCCAAAUAUUACCAAAUGCCACAUCUUUUAAUAUCAGGCAGAGCAGCUUGAAUUUUCUUCCUUGGAGUGCUGUAAAAGACACACUGACAUGUUUUCUGUGCAAAUGCCAAAAAGAAAAAAAAAAUGCUUAACAAAAGAUGGAGGGGUGUGAAGCAAGCUGAAAAGUCUGCAUUCCCAGGAUUUUCUAUUUUCCCUGAUUUCUGGAUUUAGUUCAUGACCCAGCUGCUGAUCUCUGAAACUAUGGAACCAUGCCAGUUUCUAGCAGCCAAGAAUUUGUUGCUGUCACAUUUGUGACUUGGUAGCACCUUCCUGUUCAGCUAAAUAACCAUAUGUGCUUUUAUCCCCAAAGGCCAUGCCUGGCCAUUGAUGAUCACAGUAUUGCCAAGCCCUUGUAUUCUAGAAAAUUAAUUGUCAAUGCAUGAAGUAGUAUUUACACGUGUGUGUGUGUGUGUGUAUAUGUAUAUAUAGAUAUAUAUGUAUGUAUUUAUGUAUUUGAGUUUAAAUUUGGCCUUUCAGCAUUCAGGACUUUGGAGUUUUUCUCUACAGCUACAUGGAAAAUAAAAACUGAAGUAAAAAUAAAACCAAAACCAGAAUAAAGCUGGGCUUUUUGCACACUCA